CUCCCUCUCAUGGCAACUUUACCCCAUCACUCCCCCUUCCUGAGGCUCUCCAACCCACCCGAACCAAACUCCAUCUCCAAACCCGCAAAUGCAACCCGUCCAAGAACAACCCGGUUAACAAUUCAUUGCAAAAAACCCAAGAACGAGGAAGCAUUCAAGGAGAAGAAGAAAGCCCACGUGGACUACGACAAUGGGACCCAUCGUGUCUCUGUACAAGUCAGCGGGCUCCGGGCAUCCGACUUGCCGAAGCGGCACCGUUUACGGGUCUCAACCGACCGGUUCCAGAAGGACUGGUCCAUCUCAGAGGUUGUGGAGAAGAUAAUGGCGCUCAACCGGUUUGAGGAUAUUGAAGGCGUCUUGAACCGCUGGGCUGGCCGGUUUGCCCGCAAGAAUUUCCCGGUUCUUAUCAGGGAAAUAACUCAAACAGGUUCAAUUGAACAUAGCAUUCAAGUGUUUUCUUGGAUGAAGAAUCAGAAGAUAUAUUGUGCAAGAAAUGAUAUCUAUAAUAUGAUGAUAAGAUUACAUGCUAGGCAUAAUCAAGUGGAUCAAGCACGUGGCUUGUUCUUCGAGAUGCAAAAGUGGAGAUGCAAGCCGGAUGUUGAAACCUAUAAUGCACUCAUUAAUGUGCAUGGUCGAAUUGGUCAGUGGCGCUGGGCAAUGAAUAUCAUGGAAGACAUGCUUCGUGCAGCUAUUCCACCAAGUAGGUCAACUUACAACAACUUGAUCAAUGCAUGUGGAUCUACUGGUAAUUGGAAAGAAGCUCUUAGAGUUUGCAAGCAAAUGACCGAAAAUGGAGUGGGGCCUGAUCUGGUGACCCACAAUAUAAUGCUAUCUGCAUAUAAAAGUGGGGCUGAAUAUUCUAGAGCAUUAUCCUACUUUGAACUGAUGAAAGGAACAAAUAUUCGUCCUGACACUACUACCCUUAAUAUUAUUAUACAUUGCCAGAUAAAGCUUGGUCAAUAUGAGAAAGCUGUUCAACUUUUUAAUUCAAUGAGAGAGAAAAGAGCAGAAUGUCACCCUGAUGUUGUAACAUUUACUAGUAUCAUGCAUAUGUAUUCGGUUUUGGGCCAGGUUGAAAACUGCAAAGCUGUUUUUAACUCACUGCUAGCAGAAGGUUUGAAGCCUAAUGUUGUUUCAUAUAAUGCAUUACUUGGUGCACAUGCUUCAUCUGGGAUGAGUACAGAGGCCUUAUCAAUUUUUCAUGAGAUGAAACAGAAGGGACUCAGGCCAGAUGUUGUCUCUUUUACAUCUUUGCUCAAUGCUUAUGGAAGGUCACAGCAACCACAGAAGGCCAGGGAAAUAUUUGAGAUGAUGAAACAGAACCAUUGCAAACCAAAUCUAGUGAGCUAUAAUGCUCUCAUUGAUGCCUUUGGUUAUAAUGGGCUUUUAUCUGAAGCUGUCGAAGUGUUGCAUGAAAUGGAGCAGAAUGGCGUCCAACCUAACGUUGUUACAAUUAGUACCUUGUUGGCGGCCUGUGGCAGGUGUUGUCAAAAAGUGAAGAUUGAAUCCAUAUUGCGAGCUGCUGAGUUGCGGCACAUUAAAUUGAACACAGUUGCAUAUAAUUCUGCGAUUGGAAGUUACAUGAAUUUUGGGGACUUUGAUAAAGCAAUAAUUUUAUAUGGGUCGAUGAGGAAACAUAAUGUUAAACCCGAUUCUGUCACUUACAAUGUGUUGAUAAGUGGUUGCUGUAAGAUGUCAAAGUUCUCUAAUGCACUUGAAUUUCUCAAUGAAAUGUUGGACCUCAAAGUUCCAUUAUCCCAAGAGGUGUAUUCAUCUGCUAUAUGUGCCUAUAGUAAACAGGGUCAACUUGCUGGAGCAGAAUCAAUGUUUUCCAUGAUGAAGAUGGCUGGUUUUCAUCCCGAUGUUGUCACAUAUACUGCUAUGCUACAUGCAUAUAGUGUUGGUGAUGAUUGGGAGAAAGCUUUUGCAAUAUUUCAAGAAAUGGAAUUGCAUGGUGUCCAGCCAGAUUCUAUAGCUUGUUCAACUCUUAUGAGAGCUUUUAAUAGAGGAUGCCAACCAGGAAAAGUUCUGCUUGCUGCAGAUUUUAUGAAAGAAAAGAAGAUCCCCUUGUCAGAUGCUAUUUUCUCUGAAAUUAUCUCAGCAUGUACCAUCUUGCGAGAUUGGAGAAGAACUACUGAAAUUAUAAAAAUGAUGGAGACUUCAUUAGCUGUUGUCUCUGUUGGAACUCUUAAUCAACUUUUGCAUUCUAUCGGGAAAUCUGGGAAGAUUGAAACCAUGAUGAAGUUAUUCUACAAGAUGGUGGCAUUAGGUAGUGAAGUCAACUUCUCAACGUAUUCAAUUCUCUUAAAGAAUCUUUUGGCUUCUGGAAAUUGGAGGAAAUAUGUGGAGGUUCUGCAAUGGAUGGAGGAUGGAGGAAUUCAGCCUUCAAUGAAAAUGUACCAUGACAUACUAUCCUUUGCUCAAAAAAGCGCUGGAAUUCAGUAUGGAGCUACCAUACAAGAGUGUGUUGAAUCCAUGAAGAAGAGAAGUAAGGUUGAAGCAUCGCUGGAAAAGCCAAGAGAAUCCUCCUCGCAAGCCCAAGCAUUGAUAGGUGGAGUAAAAAUUUUAUAGGAAUGAUCUGGCAGUUGCAGCAGAAACAGGGAGUGCAUAAUCUUGAUGUUCUUACAUAGCUUGGAUAAACUUCCAUGGCUUGGUUUCAGGAAUCUAGUUUCAUUCGUCUGCUCAAUGUGAUAAAUAACAGAAAGGAUUAUAGCAGCUUAUCUCUCAAAUCACCGAGUCUGCAUCAGGGGUGGGGGAAAAAGCCAUAACAUGUAAAUGUCUCGCUAUAAUAGAUGCUCUGUUUCACGAAACAACUGUCAUCAGUUAGUGAUUUCUCCCAUUACUUGUUAGAGAUACAUAACGCCUAUAUGCAGGAUUUAUAACUGUGUAGUCCAAAAGAUUAUGUAAUUCAAAGCCAGAGAAAACGAUAGCGAGUUUACUUUUGGCUUAAGUGAAGGGCCAUAAUAAUGUCAAGUCAGU